AUGCUCCGAGCGGGGCUCGCCGUUGCGCCUAUCGCGCUGACAAACUCGCCUGCGGCCAUCGCACAUCUCCUGCGAGAGACGUCGACAACGCACGUGCUUGUCAGCGACGACAAACCCGCGCGCACGCUUGUCGAUGCGGUGCUCGAACUGAUUGUGGAUGCCGGAGGGCAGCCUCCGGUUGCUGUUCCGAUGCCCAAGUUUGCCGAGAUAUUCGACAAGGACCGGCCCGCCGAGUUUUUGCCGGAGCGGGUAUACGAUUAUACAAGUCCUGCCAUCUAUGUGCAUUCAUCUGGAUCAACAUCACUACCCAAGCCCAUCGCUUGGACGCAUGCCUCGUUUCUGCAGGUAGCAGCGACUCCAUGCUUUGGCUCGCAUGACCUCCGCGACGAGGUGUUCGGCAUCCAGGGCCUUUCGAUGGCCCACGCCAGCGGCCUGAAUCACAUCGCCUUUCUUGUUUCGAGCGGAUACACAGCAGCUACCCUACCACCUGGGCCGCCGUAUGUUAUCCCGACGCCUGAGAUCGUGAUGGACUCUUUCCGGGACACAAAGCCCACAUUCGUGAUCUGUGUGCCAAGCUACUUAGAGGCUUGGUCUCACACGGAGGAAGACAUUGACGUCUUGAAGAGCCUUAAGGCCAUCGGCUACGGAGGUGGACCUCUGGCGAAAGCUCUCGGUGACGCUCUGGUGACUAAGGGUGUGCCCGUGUGCGCUCUCUACGGAUCAAGUUGCAAUGAUUGCGACCGGGCCAAGAACGCUGGUCUGCGCAGGCGCAUCGGCGUCGGCGUCGACGUCGGCGCCCGCCAGGCUUGUAACGGUCCUGCCUGCUCUGUGCAUGGCGGGGACGACGUCAUGAUACGUGAGGCGCACGAGCUCGCCGCUCUCACGAUCUUGGAGCCGUCUAUCGGCGGAUGCUUGAAGGUGCAUCCUUCCUUGGGUGACGGCAUCGGCACUGGCAGCACACACCUCUCUGUGGCGGGCAUGUCGAAGUAAGUGAGUAUAAUGACGAGGAGGAGGACGUGCAGGGUGUAUUAGGGUCAAGCGUGAGCAAGUUGUGGGCUGUACCUGCUCCUCGCACCGCGCGUGCCCGAGUACUUGAUGUGGGCGAAGUAUGAUUCGAGGCAUGAUAGCUUCGAAGGUCGCAUGAUUCUAUCAUAGAUGCAGAUGUACAGUUUUAGGUGAAAGAUCUCGCAUGCCCAAGACCGUCAGAUUGCAGAGUAAUCGGUUCUCCAGCGCGCCGAGAACUCACGGACAAGGAAACAAAAAGCCGGAGCUUGAGGUGCGAGAUGCGAAACAUUUUAUUGAGGUACAGGCGUACUUGCUGGCUGAGUACGGCUGCUGGCGAUGGCGCCACAAAGGCGAUGGUGGUGGUCG